CCAGCGAGGCGGGAGGGAGCUUGACAGACAGGGGGCAAGCUGGAGGCGGGUAGCGGCCAAGAUGGCGUCGGAGGGCGAUCUGGGGAGGAAAUGGGACCGUUGUGUGGCUGACUCCGCCGUCAAGCUGGGUGCCGGGUUCGGGCUAGGCGUCAUCUUGUCCGUCAUCUUCUUCAAAAGGAAGACCUGGCCCAUCGUUUUUGGCUCGGGGAUGGGAUUAGGAAUGGCAUAUUCCAACUGUCAGCACGAUUUCCAGUCUCCUUACCUCCUCCAUGGGAGAUUCGUCAAGGAGCAGUGAUGUGGUCCCGACCCCUUGCGGCAGAGCAGCUGAGACACCGCGGCCCCUUGUUGGGGAGAUGGGCACCCCAGAGACCUUUGGACUUGCCGGCCGCCCCUCUUGGGGGCAAGCUGCCCACGCCUCCCACCCAAUCUUGUUUUGUAUCUUCUUCUGGGAACAGCGGGGAAAGGUGCUGUUCUGGAAAAUAAAAUAAAACUGGCAAAGAGAUGGCGUGCACACACCCCUCCACCCA